UUCGAUCGUGACUGCUCCGCUUACUACACCCCUGAGGGGCGUAUGCCGCUGAUAUGGUUUAGGUGCCUCCUCGUCUUCCUGGAGAACUAUCGAGAUGCCGUCUGUCCGGGAGAGCGCGAGCAGCUGGUGAAACUCUGUCGGCGUCACGAACAUCCCGGCAUCACGCCCGAACUACGGGCCCUCAUUGGCCUUAUAUCAACAGAGCCCAAAAUCUAG